ACCUUUGGCGGGAGCUCUCUGGCUGCUUUGGGUUAGUGGAAAUCUGUCUUUUCUUUUCCCCUCCCACGCUACAAUUUCCCUAUGCAUUAGUUUCUUCUCUCUCCUCUUUAUUUCACUUCUCUUUCUCUCUUUCUUCUCCACUAUAUAAAUCCCUCCUUGGCCACAGAUACAUUGCAUUCCAAGCUAAACUUCAACUUCUCAACUGCUCUCUCUCUCUCUCUCUCUCGCACUUCUGCAAUGGAGAGGAACCAAAUGCAUAGACAGCUUGCGAACAUGAGGAAGUCCCUUUUUGAUCAGGGAUUUCUUGAUGAACAAUUUGUUCAGCUGGAGGAACUUCAAGAUGACGCUAACCCUAAUUUCGUUGAAGAAAUUGUUACAUUGUUCUACAGGGAUUCAGCUCGAUUAAUUCAAAAUAUAGAGCAAGCCUUGGAAAAGAGUCCUAUAGACUUCUCCAAAUUGGACAGUUUCAUGCAUCAGUUCAGGGGAAGUUGUUCAAGCAUUGGAGCCAAGAAGGUGCAAAAUGAAUGCACACAUUUUAGGGAGUACUGCAGGGCAGGAAAUGGAGAAGGAUGCAAGAGGAGCUUCCAACAGCUCAAGAAAGAAUAUGCAACUCUCCGAAAGAAGCUAGAAACUUAUUUUCAGUUGGCAAGACAAAUUGGACCUGUGGAGACCGCUUGUCGCCCCAAGUAAAGACUCAACUGAAGCACGUACUGGUAGACGAUGAUUUUGGAGAGAUGUAAGUGGUGAACUUCAUAUAUAGUAUAUGCUUGGAAGCCACCAUAUAUUCACCUAACAAAAUAGAAGGAGAAGAAGAAGAAAAGUAGUAGUUAUGUAGUAGCUUUGCCUCCAUGAUGUAAUGUAAGGUCGCACUAGCUAGUAGCUAGGCUGGGUUUCUCAUGUUAUAUGGGCUGCUCCUCCCAUGGAUGUAAGCCUUGCAAAUAUAUUUCAAUGAAUGGAUGAAUCGAGUUUGCUCAAGUCUAACAGGUUUUUGUCAUC